AGCAGCUAGCGUUCUUGUUAGCUAUCAAUAUUAUUUGUAACUUUAAUCUCAUCCUUGGAUGUUAAGAAGGGGAAACUACGCAAUAAUAGCCUGCUCAAAUAAUACAAAUCCAGGUCCAGGUAUCAGUCUCCUGACAUGCUUGAGAGAAAUGCUGUUUGACUGACAGCGGUGGACUGUGACCAUAGUGAUGGAGAAAGACGUUCAGGCUGGUGUUGCCGCUGCAGUGGUUGGGGGAGCUCCCGUCGGGGGCGUUGCGACUCAGAACCGGUCUGAGGAUGAGGAGACGACAGGUGUGAAAGAUGUGAAAAGAACUGCAGCACAAGCGUUCGGCGGAGGAGGAGUAGUCCCGAAACGAAGGAGCUCCUCCAGGUCAAUCAAGCGGAAGAAGUUUGAUGAUGAGUUGGUAGAGAGCAGCCUUGCUAAAUCCUCAAGCAGGGUCAAAGGUCCCCCUGUCAUUGAGCCAAUCCGCUGCUCUGGGAGUGAGCCAUCGUCCAAUGAGAAAAAGAAGGUAUCAAAGUCCAGCACCUCCAUCACUCCUCCACUCACCAUGGUGAUUACUCCCUCACCCAUCACUAAGAGAGUGAAAAAGAGCAAACAGCCACUACAGAUCACAAAAGAUCUCGGACGAUGGAAACCCACUGAUGACCUCCUCCUCAUCAACGCAGUACUCCAGACUACAGAUCUCACCUCUGUUCAUUUGGGGGUGAAGUUCAGCUGUCGCUUCACACUGCGGGAGAUUCAAGAGCGGUGGUACGCUCUUCUGUAUGACCCUGUCAUAUCUAAGCUGGCUUGGCAGGCAAUGAGGCAGCUCCACCCAGAAGCUAUCGCUGCCAUCCAGAGCAAAGCCCUGUUCAGUCAGGCAGAAGAGGCCCUGUUGGCAAAGAUAAGCUCAAACAGCCAGCCAAAACUGGAAGUAUUCCAGGAAUUGCUGAGUAAGCACCCCAGUGUGUUUUACCCCUCACGCACAGCCAAGAGCCUGAUGGUACACUGGCAGCUGCUCAAACAGUACUACUUACUGGAGGACCAGAGUGUUCAACCUCUGCCCAAAGGAGAUCAAGUCCUGAACUUUUCAGAUGCAGAGCAGUUGGUUGAUGAUGCCAAGCUAAAGGACAGCAAAGAUGAGGUGUUGGAGCAUGAGCUGAUGAUCUCAGACAGACAUCAGAAGCGAGAGAUCAGGCAGCUGGAGCAGGAGCUGCCCCGCUGGCAAGUACUGGUGGACAGCAUCACAGGAAUGAACUCACCUGAUUUUGACAACCAGACCUUGGCAGCAUUACGAGGACGUAUGGUGCGGUACCUCAUGAGAUCCAGAGAGAUCACCCUCGGCCGUGCCACGAAGGACAAACAAAUAGACGUGGAUCUGUCUCUAGAGGGACCGGCAUGGAAAAUAUCCAGGAAACAAGGGAUUAUCAAACUGAAAAACAACGGAGAUUUUUUCAUUGCCAAUGAGGGACGAAGACCCAUCUACAUUGACGGCAGGCCUGUGCUGUCAGGCAACAAGUGGAAACUCAACAACAACUCUGUGAUGGAGAUCGCAGGUCUUCGUUUUGUGUUCCUCAUCAAUCAGGAGCUGAUCUCUCUCAUCAAAGCUGAGGCCGCUAAGAUGAACCAGCAGUGACUUGCCAAUCAGGACGUCCCUCUUGGCUGGGGUUUUAGGGGCCAUGGGCCAUAGAAAGGCUGGCCAGUCAGAAGUUGAACCUUGUGCUCGACCACAUAGAGAUCUGUGGAAAGGCAGCAAUCUGGACUGCUGGUUCUCAUAUGGACUAAGCCAGGAUUCAGGAGGACUGAAGCAAAAGGCGCUAUCUUAGUAGCUUGUAUAACUAUGUAGACACACUCAGUAUUUUGAGAGACUCCUAAAAUAACAUACGAGUAGCUUGUUGACUUGGACUAAACAGGAGCCUAUAAAUAUUAUACGUGUGCCAGGGUAACCUUUUCAGAACGAUGAAGCCAUGCAUGGAGAUGUGGCGAUUAAUUGGUGAGCCAGAUGCACUUGUCUUUAGUCAAACACAGGACCUUACACAACUGGAAAAUGCAUUUUUCUUGAUCAGAUUUUCCCAGUAUACCAUCUGCUGGUGUAAUAAUUCACCUGGGCUUGUGAAUAAUAUAUUUGGGGUAUGAAAGAUACCUAGAACAUGUCAAAUCUCUAAGUCACAAAGUAUGUCAUGGAGAGGAAUUUCGCUGUCUUGAGUCUGCAGCUGUUGACAUGUCUGUAUAUAUG